GGAAGUUAGUCCAGGUGUGUUUGUGGUUGCCAUGGCUACGUGCAGCCCGUGUGUGUGACUGCAGAGAGACUGAAGAUCAGCUGUUUAAAAUGCUGCUGAGUCAAAGAAGAACAAGAUGUCGGGAGAUAACGGGACCGACGCCUCACUCCGUGGCCGUGAGAGCAAAGUUCCCGUCCCAGAGACCUGCGGACCAGCUGAUCCUGGACAGACAGAAACAAGACGCUGCUCGAGACAAAGUCCUGGACUUCGCUAAGUCCCAGCGGAGCUGUGACAUCAAGACUUCAUGGCUGAAGAGUUCAGAGCGCCGUUUCCUGACAGGAACCAUCGAGAGACAAGUCCGAGCUGCUCUGGACCAACAGAAGAUCCACGUGGACGAGAGGAGGGACAGCAACUGUCUGUCUCAUCUGUCUGUCCCCACCUGUGUCUCCCCACCACCUGUCACCCACCUGUCCCCCGUCCUGUCUCUGCAGCAGCAGCAGAUGCAGCAGCUGCAGCAGCAGCGCCAGCAGCAGACGACGCUGCAGCAGCAGCAGGGAAGACGGCGGCAGCUGGAUCAGUGUCUGCGGCUGAAGAUGAAGCGUCUGGCUCGAGAGCAGCAGGAUGAGCUGCAGCUGGACAUGAACAUCCUGCAGACGCUGCUCCAACAGGAAACUGAUGACAAACAGGAAGCUGCUCACAAGAAGGCUGAGCUGCGUGAGGAGCAGCGGAGGUACCGGCAGUAUUUGUCUGAGGAGCUACAGAAGCAGAGGAGGGAGGAGGAGGAGACGGAGCAGCUGAUGGAGGAGAAACUGAAGGAGGUUUGGGCUAAAAGAGAGGAGCAGAGCCGACUGCAGCGAGAGGCCAGAAACAGACUGAUGGAGGAGGUGAUGGAGGCUCGACGUCUGCAGAUCCAACACAAACUGGACCUGAACACACAGAAACAGGCGGAGCUGUCUGCAGAGAGAGACGAGCUGAACAGAGUGAUGGAGGAGAUGAAGCUGAUGGAGGAGGAGGACAGGAGAUGUCAGAAGCAGAGCUCCGAGGCGUACCAGGCCGACCUGAAGGCUCAGAUCGAGGCUCAGCAGUGGCGCCACAGUGAGCAGAGAGCUCAGGAGGAGAGGGAGCAGCAGCAGGGUGUGAUCCUGCAGCAGCUGUACGAACAGAGGAAAGACCACAUCCUGUCCAGACCUACGUCUCACGCCAGCGCCCCCCAUCCGUUCAGACGAACAGAGGGAUGCACCAGGUCUGCCUCCAGACAGCGACACACAGGGUCAGCCUGCGCAGCCCCACGUUACUCUGAUGGUUUAUAUGAAUAAAAGUCUGUCCACAUUGUGAGCUUCACCUUCAGUCCUUUCACCCAGAGUUCCCACAGAUCCUUACAGAGUCUCCAAACCUGUGUUAAACUGUAGGAACCCUGUAACGAGACACAACCAAACGACUUCUAGAUAACAGCUUCCAGACCUCAACAUUUAUGUUCCAAAGAAAAGUGAGUGUUGUGGCAUAAGCCAGUUUAUUGUGAUCAUUUGAGCUGCACUUGCGCACUAGUCAGCAGAGGGCGCUGCUGACUGUUGGUUGUUGUUGUUAACCAGAGUUGAAAUAAAGAACGUGGCUGCUGCUGCCAAGAGUAUGCUCUUCUCUUUCGUCUGUUUAGCUUCUUAAAAGUUAAGUUAAGCACUUCACAAGUGUUUCCAGUAUCAACAGCUGUGAGGACUUCCUGAGGGCUGCACCCCGUCGGGGGUUUUAUCCUGUUUGCAUUCACAUGGCUGAUCCAAACGCUGACGUGCCGUCCUGUGAAGCCUGAUUUAUGUUUCAACAGUUUGAAGAGUUGCUCAACAGAAAUAUUUUCAACAUUGCUCACCUGUAGAGUUCUGUUAUGUUGCGGACGACCAGUGUGGAUUUCAUUGAUGAAAAUUACGAUUCGGUGAAACACAGGGCGGCAGAUGUGCUUAAGUCCGAGUUUUUAUGAGUGAGCAGCAGCAACUCCUCCAUCUUAUUUGCCAAAGAGUGGACAUUUGCCAGGUGUAUAGACGGGAGCAGAGCGCGUAAUCUCCGCUGCCGUAGCCUCACCAGCACCAGUGCAGGACUGAUCAAUGUGUGGGAGUUCCUCUCUGGUGGAGGUGACCAGUGAGGGGCAGCAGAAAGCUAAAAAAUCUAACUAAACCAGGAGAAGGAGAGAGCGAAGUCCCGAAGCGGCCAUCUUGGUUCUAAAUAGAGUCAGUCGGUUGCUCACAGACGUACUGUGAGCUGAUCAGUCAAUAAAGACACAGUUGAUAUGUUAAAACACGUUUACAGCUGUCUGUGCAGAUUACACUAAACUUGACCACACAAAACUUUGGGCAGAGCCGUGGAGACGACUGAAGCCUGUCACUGGAGCAUGAAUCACAAACAUUGUGCUGCUUUUUAACUUUUGUUGGACGACUGUAAAUCAGACUGUGAGCCGGCUGACAUUUGGCGCAGGAACGUCACUUUUGUUUUGACGAGUCAAAAUCAGGUUUUGUUUCCUCCGUCACGUAUCUGCUCAGUAAACCUGGACUUCACUGUUGCUCCAUUGUUCUGUGUUUCCUUCGUCACCUGUUGUUUGCGUCACAGAUGUAUGAUAAUAACUUGACACUGGCCCACAGGAGGUCAACCACGCUUUGAGGCCAGUUUUUUGUAGUGGCCAAACAGUGGUGUGAUGUCACGUGAUGCCCAAAAAGACUUUUCCCAUUGACUCACAUCAUGAAAGACAGGUCUGUGUGGAUACAUGUUUUGAGUGUCACAGCUCCUGAGAGACGACUCGUCUCAUGAUCACGAUUUGAUCUGUUCAGUCUGAUGACGUUUGGAAAGUCUAAAGAGCCGCGAGAUUAAACCAUUUUAUCUCCACUCAAGUUAGCGGAGUGCUAAACAGGAAGUCAGCUGUGUUCAGCUGUGCUCGGCUGUCACCCCCCCGCCCACGGGUCCCUGCUCAGCUCAUAGACUUUACAUUGUGAUGACAUCACUGUUACAGGUGGAAUAAAAGAUCAAGUCCGCACACCAGAAGCUGCUCCUUGAACAAUUUAUUUAUGUGUUACGUUUCGGGCCCCUGCCCUUCAUCAGACAUAAAGUGAAUGUGAAUACACCUCCAUAUAUACACACACAACCCCUCAGGGUCACCUGACACAAUCAAGUGAAUAAACCACAGGUGUGAGAACAAUAAUCAUAAUUAUCAAACAGAAAAGAAAAAUAUAUUUCUGAUUGAUGAGAAACAAUCUUUAAAUGCACUUUACAAAGAUUCUUUAAGAAGGUUCUAUCAGAAAAUCUUUAAGAAUAUGCGCAGGUAUAAGGCCUGCAGUGCAAAUAUAAAUAUGAACAAAUCCCACACACUUUAAAUAUCACAUAAAGAGAACAUCAGGUGAAGACCAUCAUAAAUUUAUGCGAUAUUAAAAAGGGGAAAAAAAUGUUCUGUAGAGGCGUCUCUAAUAAAUAUCGAACACAGCGUUAUGGCAAGUGCAGACAAUAUGAGAAACAUGGCUCACACAGUAGUAGCAGAAAACAAUCAAAUCCAACAUCAUACCAGCUACUGAGGGAACAAUGUAAACACAAAUGACAAGUUCCCAAAGGGCUUAAUGUUGAUUUUGACUUGAGGCCUUUUUUAUGAUGUGUGUGGUCCGUGUGCUUCAUUUCUAUGGGUCUAGGAACUUGUCAUUUGUGUUUACAUAUUCCAUACUUACUUUGUGGUCCAGCACCCAGCAUUACAUUUUUUUGGGAUGUGCAUGCUACUUUCACCUGUUAUCACUGUUACAGGUCUCAUAUAUUAUGUCAUGUAUUGUGUUUUGUAUUAUGUUUGUGCCCUGCUUGUGUUUCUUAUUUUCCUCCAGGUUCUCUGAGUUCCUGAAGCAGCCUGUGGUCACAUGACCCCCAGGUUUAAAAGGCAAGCCACGCCUCCUUCUGUCUCUCUCUCUCUCACCAGCUGCAGGCCAUGCUGCAGCACUCCAGGCUGUUUGUCCCUUUGUUUUGGGUUUCUUACUGCUACCUUACUUAACAAACAGUCUUGCAUUCAGUUUUUGGUCCCACCAUUUUCAUUGUGUUGCUUCCCGUGAGCCAGGGUUGCAACAUAAUGGGGGCUCGUCCAUUUCUGAUCAUUUCCCCUAGAUUUCUGUUGGUUCCUUGGUGUUCCUUUGUUGCUUGCUGGAGUGUGGAGGCUGUGUGCUUCUCUCCUUUCUGGUUUGGGUUUGGUUUGGCGAGUAUGGUUGUCAUCUGUAGGCCACACAUUUCAGUGCUAGAGCUCCCUGGUUAUGUAGGGCGAGUGUUCCAGCUGGACUUUGAUCCUUCCAACGGUUCACUCUUUUGUUGUUUUUCCUUUUUUGUUUUCGAGGGUAUCCUGGGUAGGGGCACGCUCCAAGCUUCUGCAGUUGGCUGUGUUUUGGCUUUCUGUGGAGCUUUGGUUUUUGCGUUUAAAGCCGCCUCAAGCCUGGUAACCUCAGAAGAUACUUAGGUUUUAGUCUGGUGAGGCAGGUGUCCAGGGUUGCUCCACUCUGCUCUGUGUUGCACUGGUUUUGUGGUUUGAACUUGACAGCCAUGCUCCCUGUUUGUUUGUUCAUCUGGAGGGAGGGAAGAGAGAGCAUUCGUGAAGUUAGGUGAGUUGUGCCAGGAGUGGCACUGUGUUGGGUCCAUGAUCCUAACUUUAGUGUGUUUAGUGGCUUUUGUGUUGAGCUCAGUGUGGGCUUGUGUAGAUGAAUAUUACCCUGAGUGUUUCUGUGACCUUGUGCAUAACCCUGAUUACUAGCAAGCUCAAUUCUGUGCUUGUGUGGGGCAAGUAAUCUUUUGUGCUGCCUUGCUGGCUUGAAGGGUAAUAGUUGUCUACAUUGGAUGGUAGUGUAGCCAUCUUGUGUCAGCUGUGUGCUGUGUUGGACCCGUCUUGUGUUUUGUGCUGUAUGCAUAGCUAAAGGAGCAGCAGUGGUUGCUUUGUGUGAAGCCCCAUUGUGUGUGUGAUUGCUUUAUGUGUGUCCCUUAAGGCAGUGAAACUUGUCAAGCAAACUUUGCUGAAACAGUGGCAACUCUUGAUGAUUUCCUUGCACAGCCUUGUGAAGACGUUCUCGAGAGUUCACCAAAGAAUAACUUCUUCAGCUGGCAUCUAGCUAUGAUAUUGAAAUUUCUAAUGAUGAUAAAAAGCUGAAAAAGAACAUUAAAGAUUCGAUUAAAAAAGAGCUUAUGAGUAGAGGCGUGUUGAAACCGUCUCCUCCAGCAGCUGAGUUUGUCAUGCCUGUGUCCCCUGUUGCAUCUGAGGCUGCAAUCCAGCGAUGGCACAGGGAGUUGGCUCUAAAAGAAUAUGGCGAGACACUGGAGCUUUUCAGACUCUGAUGCUCUCCCAUAUAGUGACCAGUCUUUUCUUGGUUCCUAUGCUUUGGUUAAGGGGUUUGGUAAUGAGAUUUUUGCCCCUACCCCUACACACACUGACACUGAACUCCGACUUGGUAUCUGGUGAAGUUGUGGUUGCUCUUUCCCCACAGCUUCCAAAUGAUGUUUCGUUGCUCCUUGGAAAUGAUCUAGCUGGGGCCGAGUUUGUGUUGCUCCAAAAGUGAGUUCUGACCCUCGGUUAGACAUUGCUCCUGAUGAUGCUCAGUUGGUGACGGAGCCGACGGCAGAUCCUACUUCAUGCAGUCGGUUCAAAGACACUGUGUCAGAGGAUGACGGUGCUGCAGAGCCUUUUGAACAGGUUUUGGUUGGCUGUGCUGGUCCUCUUCCAUGUUGUGCGUCUGGGGACUGGGAUCCUGUGUUGUUGCCGCCUGCUGUUGAGGUUUUUUUGGGUUUGUUUUUUUCCCCAAGUUCAAAACAACUUUAUUUAAACAACUAUUUUUUACUGUAUUUGGAAUAUUAAGACACAAUGAAAGAACAUGAUAAAGAAGAACUGCAAAGUCAAAUGACUCUCCUUCUCCCUUCUUUUCUUGUCACUCUUUUCUCAUGUAUAUAAUGUAACGGUGUCAGUAAACAACAACAGCAACAAACACAACAGUAUGAAUAGGAACACUAUUUGAAUAUUUGAACACUAUUCCAGCAUGGACAAUACUAGAGUUGUGAGCCCUGGCUUUUGAGCUCACACAACAGCUUGUCAAGUUCUACCUCACUGUCAUCAGAGUCCUCCUUUCCUUUGUCCUCCUGCUGGCCCCAUGAGCUUCACCCUGUGGCUGGUGGACCUGAGCCCUGUUGUUCGAAACCUAGAUAAGGGAUUAAGCCGGGAUAUGUUGGUUAUCCUGGUUUAACUUAGCGUUGAUUCGGUUGUUCGAAAGCAGAGGCACAUAUAUGUUGCCAUGGAGAUUUAUUCUGUGCACUCAGCCUGGUCCCGACCAGGUUAACAACCAGGCUUAGUUUAGUCUGGUGUCUUAUCUGUCCAGUCAGCUGUCACUGCGAUCCGAAAUCAAUGUGUUUCACCGUCAUUUCAUGUUCUUAUGUGUGUAUUUGCCUCAUUUUGAACAAAAUACAUGAAGUAUACAAUAAAA